AUGGGACCGGAGGGAAUAAAUUUUCCCCAUAAUUUAUCGCAAACGCACCCCAUCGCUUGUAUCAACCACGGAAGGAUAACUCUUUGGGGUUUACGGUCCUUCUUCGGCGGAGCUUCCACUGGCUUUCAAAUUCUUCCCACCUUUCGUGCUCAAUCAGUCGCCGAGCCUUCGCGUCAAUUUGGUUCGCCGUCCAUACCAUCUGCUAAUCCUUCUUUGGUUUGGUUUGCUGUAAGCCUCGACAGACCUGAUAGCAAGAGAAUGGUAAACGUUUAUAUUAGGAGGAGAAAGAAAUUUCUGUUUUUCUACAAGAGGAGAAGUCGAAGGUUUGCGGUCCAGGAAUCUCCUCCUUUUCUGUCUGGCAGUGAGAUUUCUUCUUUAGAGGAGAAGCUUCAGAAUAAUAGAGCCUUCUCCACUGUUGACGAUCUCGUCGACAUUGGCUUUAGCGAGGAGCUCCCGGAUCCUUGCAUAUCCGAGAAAAACCAAGAAUGUUCAGAAGUUGAAUUUGAGAACGAUGCAGCUGUCACCAAAAGAGAACUAUCCGAUAACUUUGGCUUUAGCAGUGGAGCAAGUCUUCAUGAAGAUGAAACUAAAGCUAAGACGCCAAUUGGUAUUGGAUUUCUUAACAAUGAGCCUCUGUUGAGUGUAAUCCAACAAGUUCCAUCAACAAAAUGCCUUCAGAGGAAACCUAGAUCAGCUAGAAAAUCCACUUCGUUUGAUUCAAGAAGACGGUUAUUUGGUUUGAUUAAUAAUGAGCCUCUAUUGAGUGUAGUUGAGCAGGUUCUAUCAACAGUAUGUUUUCAGAAAAAACUUAGAUCAGCUAGAAAGUCCACUUCAUUUACUUCAAGGAGACGGAGCUUAAAUGAAUGUAGUGCUUCUGAUAGUUUGGAACAGAUGGCUUCACAUUUGGGUGCAUUAACAUCAGUUUCCUGUGAAAUUAACCCAAAAACUCCAAUUAAGGAGGACAGGAUCUCUAAAUUUGCAGCGCAGAGUAAGCUUUGUAGCGUCCCAGACUUGCUUUCCACUGGAGUUUUUGCAGGAGCUCUUGUUAAAUACAAGAAAGAUAAUUUUGAGCUUCAGGGACUUUUGAAUGCUUCGGGAAUAUGUUGUGGCUGCACAUUGUGCAACUUUGAACAGGUAGUAUCUUCUUUGAAAUUUGAGAAACAUGCACGUGCAAAAAGUCACAACCAAAAUGCUCAUAUAUUUUUGGAAAAUGGAAAAUCUCUUUAUGCACUUUCUAAAGAGUUGGAAAAUGUUUCUUUGGGAUCACUUGGUGAAGUGAUGGAGGAAGAGUUUGGGUACCAAGAAAAUAAAUCGGUCUACGAGGAUUGUAAAGCUCAAUUUUAUAUCAGUUUUCUUAAUACUAUUGUCCAUAAGGAGGUAGGAGCUUACGAACACUAUUGCGCUUAUGUACAUCAUGUUGGAUUCAUUGUCCGCAAGGAUCACAACAGUUACUGGGCUAAAUCCAAACAAAUUAAGUCGAAAGAUUAUAUUUGUGGAAAAGUAUAUCGUAAGAGAGAAUCACAGGUUGCCAAUACGGUGAAGUACAAAAAAGUGGAUACAAGGACUGGGUGUCAAGCAAUGGUUCGCUAUGCUGUUGACGUUGAUGACAACUGGACAAUAAAGAAAUUUAUCGAAAGUCAUAACCACCCCUUGGCGGAAUCCUCUUGGCGGAAUCCGGUGAUAAGCACCGUACGUUUUAGUUGGAAGAUUAGCGAGUUAAAUGCAGAUUUGCUGAGAUCAAUGACAGGUUCAGAGAUUAGAGCAGCAAACACAUUUAAUUUUCUUGCUACAGAGGUUGGGGAGUUGAAAACUUGGAGUGUUCUUGAUUCAUUUGUCGAUUUAAGAGAUGACGAGCACAGUUUAUUUGCCCCUCGAGUUGACUGGAUCUCCUUUCCUGCAAAGUCCAUUCCAGAACCUGAAACUCACACUGAACCACUGACAUCAGAUUCUGACAUUGUUAUCAUUUUUGUCCCGGGUCGCAGCAUCCCGCAACCUACGCAUUCAUAUACAAUGAUGGAGGUGAAGACGGACAUCAAAGAAAUAAAGAAAAGAUUAAAUAAAGUUUACAUGGAAUCUCCUGUUGGUUCUAAAAUUGAUGGGAAGAAAGAAAGCCCAGCAAUGGAAGAACAACCACCUGCUUAUAUGGAGGAAGCGGGGGAAGAACAAUCGAUAGGGGAUAAUGACUGCAUUAGAUGA